AUGUGUUGAAGAAUUUAAAGUUCCUUCAGAAAGAACCAUAUCAGCAGUUGCAUCAUUGGAUGAGGAUGAGAAGUUUGGUUCCUAUGGAUCAGAGGAUUUUGGAAGUAAAUCUUCCUUCGGUGUACAUUCCCAUGCUUCCCGUCGCUACCAUGCAUCUGAGUUGACUAAUGAAGUUACAGGAGGCUAUGCAUCUCGCACGGAGGUCUCGAUAGAAUCUGCAAGUCGAGAGGCAUCCGCUAUGAGAAGUUCCCAUAGUUUUCACAGUCCUGGUCAUAUGUACCAUGAGCGAGUGGAUGAACGAAGAAGUAAUGAUGGUAGAGGAUGUCGCCAAGAAAGAGCGGACAACAGGAGAUCUACAAGCGAGAAGUAUGCAUUUGAUAGUGAAAAGAAACGUAGACGACAUGGACAUCCUCCAAGCACGCCAGGUGGAUUUGCUUGGGAUUAUGAAAGACAUGAAUGGGAGAAUACACCUACUAGAGAAAAUAGAGAUAGGUAUUCCGUCUCUCAUCGGUCACGUUAUGCAUCACGAUUUCCAAUGCUAGCUGGUGCUUCGCCGGAUGCACAUUUGGUUUCCCCUUACUUGGGUGGUCAAACACCUCGGUUUGCAGGCGUGACCUCACCAUGGGAUUCUGUUGCACCUUCACCAGAGCCCAUACGGACCAAUGGCAGGCCCUCUAGAAGAUCUUCAGGCUCUUGCGAAGUUGAAAGGUCACAUCAGCUCACCUUUUCAGUUGCAUCAAAUUCAGAGGUUAAUGAUAAUGAAAGAAGUUCUUUAGCUACAGACCAAAGUUAUGAGAUGACAGAGGAGAUGUUGUACGAGAUGGAUUACAAUGCUGAUCGUGAAUGGUAUGACAGGGAAGAACAUGACACAAUGUUUGAUUCUUAUAACUCGUCAUUAUUCCAGGGAGAUGAUACUUUUCAAAAGAAAGAGGCGGAGUUGGCAAAAAAAGUGACUCGAAAGGAUGGGAGUUUGAUGCCUUUAGCACAGAGUAGAAAGCUGUCACAGUUGACUGCUGAUAAUGCUCAGUGGGAGGACCGCCAGCUUUUGCGUUCUGGAGCCGUAAGAGGAACCGAAGUUCUGAUGGAGUUUAAUGAUGAGGAUGAGAGAAAGGUUAUCCUUCUUGUUCAUGAUACAAAGCCUCCCUUUCUUGAUGGUAGGGUAGUUUAUACAAAGCAGGCAGAGCCUGUAAUGCCUAUCAAAGAUCCUACAUCAGAUAUGGCUAUCAUCUCGCGCAAAGGAUCUUCUUUGGUGAGAGAGAUACACGAGAAGCAGAGCAUGAACAAAUCACGGCAACGAAUUUGGGAGUUGGCUGGCUCAAAACUCGGUGAUAUUCUUGGAGUUCAGAAAACUGCUGAGCAGGUGGAUGCAGAUACUGCUGUUGUUGGAGAACAUGGUGAAGUUGACUUCAAAGAGGAGGCAAAAUUUUCUCAGCAUUUAAAGGAGAAAAGUGUAGCAGUGAGUGAUUUUGCCAAGUCAAAAUCAAUUUCUCAACAGAGGCAAUAUCUUCCUAUAUAUUCUGUUCGUGAGGAACUGUUGCAGGUUAUACGAGAAAAUCAGGUGGUCAUUGUUGUUGGUGAAACUGGUUCAGGGAAAACAACACAACUAACACAGUAUUUACAUGAAGAUGGCUAUACUACGAACGGAAUUGUUGGGUGUACACAACCCAGGCGUGUAGCUGCCAUGAGUGUUGCAAAACGAGUUAGUGAAGAGAUGGAGACGGAAUUAGGGAAUAAAGUAGGGUAUGCUAUUCGAUUUGAGUAUGUCACUAGUCCAAACACAGUCAUAAAGUACAUGACGGAUGGAGUGCUUCUAUGGGAAUCUUUGAAAGAUUCUGAUCUUGACAAAUACCAUGUUAUAGUAAUGGAUGAAGCACACGAGAGGUCCCUUAGCACAGAUGUCUUGUUCGGCAUAUUGAAAAAGGUAGUUGCUCAGAGAUGGGACUUAAAGCUCAUAGUGACAUCUGCCACGUUGAAUGCCCAAAAGUUCUCCAACUUCUUCGGAAGUGUUCCUAUAUUCCACAUUCCUGGAAGAACGUUCCCCGUUAACAUCCUCUACAGUAAAACUCCAUGUGAAGAUUAUGUUGAGGCUGCUGUGAAGCAGGCCAUGACUAUCCACAUAGCUAGUCCUCCAGGCGACAUCCUCAUCUUCAUGACCGGACAAGACGAAAUUGAAGCAACCUGUUAUGCUCUCGCCGAGCGAAUGGAACAACUAACGACAUCCACUGCGAAGGCAGUUCCCAGGCUAUCCAUUCUACCCAUCUAUUCCCAGCUGCCUGCAGACCUGCAAGCGAAGAUUUUUCAGAAGGCUGAAGAUGGUGCAAGGAAAUGCAUUGUUGCCACCAACAUUGCAGAGACCUCGCUAACUGUGGAUGGGAUCUUUUAUGUUAUAGACACAGGCUACGGGAAGAUUAAAGUUUACAACCCGAGGAUGGGCAUGGAUGCUCUCCAAGUUUUUCCAGUGAGCCGAGCUGCUGCAGACCAACGGGCAGGGAGAGCAGGAAGAACUGGCCCGGGAACAUGCUAUCGCUUAUACACAGAAUCUGCGUACCAGAAUGAGAUGUUAGCCACCCCUGUGCCUGAGAUCCAGCGAACCAACCUUGGUAAUGUGGUGCUACUGCUCAAGUCCCUGAAAGUAGAGAACUUGUUGGAUUUUGACUUCAUGGAUCCGCCUCCACAGGAGAACAUCCUCAAUUCCAUGUACCAGCUCUGGGUUUUGGGCGCUUUGAACAAUGUUGGAGGACUCACGGAAAUAGGUUGGAAAAUGGUGGAGUUCCCUUUGGAUCCACCUCUAGCAUUCUUCAGGCCCAAGGAUAGGGCUGAGGAAAGCGAUGCUGCAAGGGAGAAAUUUUUCGUUGCGGAGUCCGAUCACCUCACGCUUCUCAACGUCUAUUUGCAAUGGAAGGCAAACCAGUAUCGAGGAGACUGGUGCAACGAUCACUUUCUACAGGUGAAGGGUCUUCGGAAAGCGAGGGAAGUAAGAUCCCAACUGCUCGACAUACUAAAAACACUAAAGAUUCCGCUCACUUCUUGUGGGAUGGAUUGGGAUGUGGUGAGGAAGGCAAUCUGUUCCGCAUAUUUUCAUAACUCCGCGAGAUUGAAAGGUGUUGGGGAGUAUGUCAAUUGUAGAAAUGGCAUGCCUUGCCAUCUUCAUCCGAGUAGCGCUCUAUACGGGCUUGGAUACUCGCCGGAUUAUGUGGUUUAUCAUGAACUGAUUCUGACAACCAAGGAAUUCAUGCAAUGUGCUACUGCAGUAGAGCCACAAUGGCUUGCAGAGUUAGGACCAAUGUUCUUUUCUAUUAAGGAGUCUGAUACUUCAAUGCUUGAGCAUAAGAAGAGGAAAAGGGAAGAGAAGACUGCAAUGGAGGCUGAGAUGGAGAAUCUGCGAAAGGAUCAGGCGGAGUUUCAGAGAGUGAGCAAGGAGAAAGAGAGAGAGAAGAGGACUAAGCAGCAGCAGCAGGUGGUAAUGCCUGGUCUUAGGAAGGGUUCUUCAACAUAUCUCAGACCCAAAAAGUUUGGAUUGUAAUUUUACCAAUAUUUCAUGUACAAAAUUGAUAUUUAAAUAUUUUUUAACAAGAGAUGAAUUGAUGUAACGGUUAUGUAUUUUGGAUGUAAAGCUUGUUAAGAUAAGCCCCAUACUUCUAGUUAUUAAAAAU